AUGGCGGGCACGUACGACACUAACGUCGUCAUAGACGACGGCACCGCGAUCCACAUCACCGUCAUGUCGUCGGCCAACGACGUCAUGCUCUUCCUCCAGGAGUUCAGGAGCAAUACCCUGAUCGUCGGCCUGGCGACCACCCGAACAAGAUCGCGGUCCUCCAGCUCUGCGUCGGCUGCCACUGCCUGCUUCCUCGUGCACGCAAGCAUCCGCUUCGUCGGCGUCGGCAACAACGGGGACGCUCAGAAGUUGUUCGAAGACUAUGACCUUCAGGUGGCCAACACGGUGGACCCGAGCCACGUCGCCGCGGAGGCGCUGUGGUGGCCGUUGCUCCAGCAGGCGGGGCUGAAGGCCGUGGCGCGUGCGGUGAUGGGCGUGCAGAUCGACAAGCCGCGGAGGGUGACCAUGAGCCAGUGGGACACCCAAGUUCUGACGGAGCAGGUUAGGUACACCACCAUCAACCCCUUCGUGUCCUACGAGAUUGGUCGUCAGCUGCUUCACGACGAGUACUAA